CGUCCAGCAACAGCACCAGUAUCAGCCCCCAGGGUGCUGCUUACACGUCAUAUGAUAAUGGUCUAUCAAGUCAGAGGAUGCAACUGCACCAUGAACUUCGUCAACAAAUACCACCUCUUCAACCACCUAAUCAUCAAGAGUCACUCAUCCCGUCUCCAGCAUCAGCCACCUGGAAUGAAGGCAACCAUGGUUUGACUCAGAGCAGCUUGGCUGCCAAUAUAACUACCGCAUCAGGGUUUUCUGGACAAUGCGCAUCAAACUACAGCAGCCCGCAUGCUAGAACACAAGGCGCAAACAGUUCAGGUAAUGUCUUUGGCAAUGAUACCAUUGGAACCAAUGCUGUACAGCCAGCUCCUUCUCAGAGACUAUCCUCACGCUCGUCAUUCAGCUCACCUGAUGCUAAAACUCAGCAAUCUUUGGCAUCGUUCAUCAGAUCGAACCCUUCGGCAACUAUCACAGACAUUCAAGAACACAUGUCAGAGAGGGGCAUCAUUUCUGCACAGCCGCACGGUGAUGCCACCUCUGAGUCUUUGCGACCAACUGCUCAUUCUGAUAAAGUACCUUCCCCUGAAAUGCUUCCAAAAUAUUUCUCAACUUUUCCUGUUAGAAACCUAUCAAGGCCGUCCAGCUGUCAUGAAUCUAUUCAACAGCAUUUAUUUGAACAGUCUACAUCUACGUCAUCUUCCUCCCCCUCCC